AUGGAAAUUAGCCAAUUUCUGAAGAAAAUUCUGAAGAAGAGCACUUUGUCCCUGGAAGACAUUGCCCAUCUUCUGGAAGAGGUGGGAAUCCCCUUCGAAGUCUCGGGCUGCAGGAUAUUGUUUUAUAAAAACAUGGAGAAAGCGCUAGAAGCUCAUUACCUUGAAACUUAUGGAAUCAACAUACCAUCCAGGACUUAUAGCAUCAAUGAGAUACAUGGACUAGCUCUGUUUUUGUAUAUAAAGAAAUACGGAAGCCCAGAGGUUGAUUCGGACCUCGAAAGGUUUUUUGAAGGAUUGUUCUUUAGCAACACUGGGGAAGUGGAUGUAGGGCAAUUAAAAGAAGAAAAUGAAAGACUGGUAAGAGAGAACGAGGAGUUGAAAGAGAGAAUAAACGAAAUGAACAACCUAUGGAUAGAUAGAGGGUUUGAGGAAGGAGAGCUUGGAAGUGUGGACCAAGAGGUGCUGUCAAAGAUGGAAAAGGAUCUCUCAGCUUUGAGGGAGCAGGUGGAUUUUGAGCACCCACUAAUUCUCGAGGCAUGGUAUAGAUUAGGAGAGGAGCACAUCAAGAGCAGAGAUUUUAAUUGA